ACCUGUCGCGCACAAUAUUAAGCAUGAAGUCAGUCCCUCUAUGUGCGGGGAUCAAACCUCUCCCUCCACUACUGCUGCUUUCAUCCAUGAUCGCGCGCCGAGGAGCAAACUGACCGCUUUUUCACUCCACACACGCGGGGAACUUUGUGGAUGUCACCAGAAAACAACAGUCCUAGGACAAUCAUUACGCAACAACUACCUUGCUUUUUCCACGGAUUAAUUUCUCAACACCAGGAUUGAUACCCUGGCAGGCGGGGUGAUGGAUUUUAACCUUCUGGCGGACAGCGAGGCCCGCAGCCCGGCGCUCUCCCUCUCCGACUCCGGGACGCCGCAGCACGACCAGGGAUGCAAAGGCCAGGACCACAGUGACACAGAAAAGACCCACCAGAACCAGCUGGAUGAGUCCAGUGCGGAGGACGGCUCCCUGAAGAAGAAGCAGCGCCGGCAGCGGACCCACUUCACCAGCCAGCAGCUCCAGGAGCUGGAGGCCACUUUCCAGAGGAACCGCUACCCGGACAUGAGCACCCGCGAAGAGAUCGCUGUCUGGACCAACCUCACAGAGGCCCGCGUCAGGGUGUGGUUCAAGAACCGGCGUGCCAAGUGGAGGAAGCGAGAGAGGAACCAGCAGGCGGAGCUGUGCAAGAACGGCUUCGGUGCCCAGUUCAACGGGCUGAUGCAGCCCUACGACGACAUGUACACGGGCUACUCCUACAACAACUGGGCCACCAAGAGCCUGGCGGCCAGCAGCCCCCUCUCGGCCAAGAGCUUUCCCUUCUUCAACUCCAUGAACGUCAGCCCGCUGAGCUCACAGCCCAUGUUCUCGCCGCCCAGCUCCCUACCCUCCAUGAACAUGCCCCCCAGCAUGGUGCCGUCGUCUGUGGCCGGCGUGCCCUCCGGCGGCCUCAACAACCUCGGCAACCUCAACAACCUCAACGGGCCGUCUGGGCUCAACUCGGCGGUGUCGGCCGCCACCUGCCCCUACGCCAGCUCGGCCAGCCCCUACAUGUACAGAGACACCUGCAACUCCAGCCUGGCCAGCCUGCGGCUAAAGGCCAAGCAGCACGCCACCUUCGCCUACCCCACCGUGCAGAACCCCGUGUCCAACCUGAGCCCCUGUCAGUACGCUGUGGACCGGCCCGUAUGA